AUGACCAAAGUUUACCUCCGUCCCCGUCCGUUAGCGGCCUCUGAACAAGGCGAUGAGCUCAUCGAGUACAAGGUCGAGGACAAUGGGGACGUGGUGGUCGUCAACGCUGCCAAGAAGUUUCAAGACUUUGCUGGCGUUCUGUCGACGGAGAACAGCGAGGCUUACGCUCAGGCCGUCAGUCCCAUGGUAAGUGAAAUGCUGGGCGGCUCCACGUCGUGCUGCUUCGCCUACGGCCACACGAACAGCGGCAAGACGCACACCAUCUUCGGGUACGGACCUGAGCUGGGCAUGUGCCAGCGUCUGGUGCACGACCUGUUCGCUCAGAGCAGCGACAGUCAAUUGCUGGUGCAGGUCCGCUUCUACGAGCUGUACAACGGCAAAGUGUUCGACCUGCUCAACGACCGCCAGCCAGGGUUUGUCCGCCAAGACGCCGACGGAACGAUCCACGUGCGCAGUGCCACGACUAUGGGCCCCAACGGGGAGGUAUUAACGCAGUCUCUACAGGCCGAGUAUGGGGAUUCCGCUGCUGCGGUUGUCGAUAUCAUCAGCAAAGGACGGAGUCUUCGCGCAGAGGGGACGUCGGAGCUGCAUCACCAGAGCAGUCGCUCUCACGCGGUGCUCGAGCUGGAGAUCGUGACUUCCGCGCUGGCUGAGGCUCGGAAGCAAGUGGUUCUGGCGCAGUCACGUGUUUCGCAAAUGUACGUGGCUGUAGAUGGAAAAUACGAGCUGUCGGGUAUCCAGCCUCCUCAAGAGGACCAGGACCGCCUUGAGGUGCUACGUGGACAAGUUGACGCUGCGCAGGCGGAAGUCGCGGCUUUGAAGGCGGAUGUUGAUGAAGAGAAGGCGAAGUGUGCUGGAGGGAUGUUCGUGCUCGUUGAUCUCGCUGGAGCGGAGUACACUGGCGAGGGGUUAGCGCGUAAUUCGCAAGAGCACAAGGAGGCGCGGGAGAUCAACUCGAGUUUGCUCGCACUGAAGGAGUGCAUUCGAGUUCAGGCUCGUCAGGGAACGGGCCACAUUCCGUACCGCAACUCCAAGCUCACGAUGGUGCUCAAGUGCUACCUGGAGACGGACACUCCGUCCUCGACUAUCAUAAUCACAAAUGUCUCGUCGGCGGUGACACACCUGCGCAAGGCUUUGGAUUCGGUCCGGUACGCGGCGUUAGUGGCUUCUGCAUUCAAGACAACCGAGAAGGACAAGGCUACGAGGACAGGAUCGCAACUGAAGCGUGUUCGACGCACUAAGUGA